CAGUUGGUUAACACAUGUCAUUUUCGUUCGCGUAUAUUAUUUUUGUUUAAUUACUUAAAAAUAACAAAUGAAAAAUCAAAAACGGAUUUGGUUCCAUAUUAAAAUAAAUUGUUUUCGAUUUGUGUUUUAAAAACGAGUGACAGAUUGAAACGUUCAAUUUGAAAACAUCUGAUUGUGAACAACGCGACAAAAAUUUUCAUUGGAACGGGAGACGUUUUUUUUAGUUACAAAAGUCCUUACUUAUGAUAACAGUAACUGAAAAUUGUGAAUAAGUUGAAAUCAAAUCUUAUUUUCUUACAAUAUUGCUCUAAGAACACCGAUCAUUGUAUAAAAAUCAUUCCCUCCAGCAGCGUCAGCAUGGGGCUCAUACCUGAUCGUUGGUUGACCUACUCGGCCAUUGGAGCUAGAAUCGAAGGAACGAGGUUCAUCGCAUUCAAAGUGCCCUUGGAUAACUUGGAUGUAAAUAUGGCCAGAGAAACGCAAGGAAUUGAUGUGGACGUCAACGAUAUGAUUAAUACGAAGAUCAUGGGUGAACGGAUACCAAAUUUAGGAUUGGUAAUUGAUCUGACCAACACAAGAAAGUAUUACAAUUCGAAGAACGUUACCGAUCAAGGAAUCGAAUAUAAGAAAAUUUUUGUACCCGGUCAAAGGUUACCAGCACCGCAUAUUUACGAAGAAUUUAUGAGCACCGUUACAGAUUUCCUUCGAAGAAAUGCAGAAAACGAUAAACUGAUUGGUGUCCAUUGUACACACGGACUGAAUCGAACUGGUUUAAUGGUCUGCGCGCAUAUGAUACAGAAGUGCAACAUUGACCCGGUUGAUGCUGUUGAAAGAUUCGAAGCAGCUAGAGGUCAUAAAAUGGAACGUGAAAACUAUGUCGAAUCAUUGAAAACGAUGACAGCAAAACUGCACGUGCUGGAAGAAAUUGAAAUUUCGCACGGUAAUUCACGAACCGUUUCUACGCAAACCAAUCCCGGCAUUUGGCUGGACACGAAAAUAUCAAGAAAGCGUCGGCCCACUGUCGACAUUGCUGAUGUUAGAAGUGUCAAAGGAACGGUUUAUGUUGACGGCAGCAAUUUAAUAUCCGACGGUUCGGGUAGAUAUUUCAUGCAGGUCGAUUUGAACGAUGUGAGACCGCUGCGCAGCAUGUCCAAUACUCACAGCGACGGUCAGCACGCUUACAGCAACCAACGAUUUUACCCUCCGCGAGGUUCAAAUGUUAGACAGGAUUUCAAUCGUAGUAAUAGUUCGCAGACGUACCAAUCGAAUCGAAGCAUAUCUCAUCGACCGAAUUAUCGAUCAAACGGACCGAACCCGAACGGAACCUAUUUCUCCAAUCAAUCGCCGUAUUCAAGUGAUCGCUCUCACGGUGUGCAGUCAAAUUAUUACGAAAUGAGUAAUCCUUUUAAGAGUUAGACAUAAUUGCCUGGAUGUACAAUUUUUCAUUUCUUUUACAAAUAAACGAAGUGUUAUGUUUUGACC